UAAGCAGAACCCUGACUCAGCCACUUACCUGUUUGACUGUGAGCAAGUUAGUGCAUCUUCUUGACCCUCGGUUUCCCCUUCUAUAAAAUUCAGAUUAAAAGCAUACCUUUGAUCAAGCAUGAUAAAUAAUAUAUAAACAGACCGUUUAUUUCUAUUAUAUUGCCAGAAUAUGAAUCAUACUAAUAUGAUUAUGGAUAGAAAAUGUAUUAUCUGUUGUUAUCAAGACCCAGAUGAGGCAGAACAUAAAAAACAGGGAUUAACUUUUUUGCCUUUUCCGGAACCUUCAUGCUAAUAUUUACUUGCAUUUGAUUAUCAUUUCAGGCUCAUGCACACAACAUGGAUCACAGACUCGCACACAUUUAACUGUAUUACCUUUUGUCUUAUGUAUCUCAUUAAAACUUAGCUGCUUACUCAAGGAUCUGCAUAUUACUAAUAUUAGAAUUCAUUGUUCCAUGACUUCAAAAGUGUCAAUCAUUCUGGAUGAACAUGUUAUAUAGUCUCUCCUGCCUCCAUGCCUUUAUUUUAUUUUUUUUUUAAGAUUUUAUUUAUUUAUUUAUUUAUUUAUUUAUUUAUUUAUUUAUUUAUUUGUCAGAGAGAGAGAGCGCGCACAAGCAGGGGGAGCAGCUGAGGGAGAGGAAGAAGCAGGCUCCCCGCUGAGCAGGGAGCCCGAUGCGGGCCUCGAUCCCAGGACCCUGGGAUCAUGACCUGAGCUGAAGGCAGCCUCCUAACCGACUGAGCCACCCCAGGCGCCCCUGCCUCCAUACCUUUGAACCAGCUGUUUUCUGGCCAUUUGUGGCAACCACUUUCCAUUUUUACUAACCCCUACUGGGUCUUUAAUACCCAGCUCAGGUGACACCUCUUCGAGGGAGCCCCUUUUGUACUCCUGUGGUAUCUUGCGCUCAUCCUUCUCGAAAAGUUUGUUCUUCCUGUAUUGGAAUGGCCUACAGACCUGUUUAUCUCUCCUAUGAAAGCAUAAGCAACCCGAGAGUGGAGAACAUCUGUUGUUCACGAUUGUAUCCUUGGUGCCCGGCUCUGUAUCUGACACAUUAACAGACCUUCUGCCAGGGCUGGGUGCGCUCCGGCUCCCGGUGGGAGAGAAAGAAAGUAAUAAAGCCAGUGAUAAAUGCCAUCACAGAGGCAUCAGAGGCCGCCACGGGAGAGUAAUGGAGAGGACAAGUAACAUCAUCUCUAGUAAUAAGGAUAAUAAUAGAGUACAUUUCACAACACCUUUAAAGCUCUUGCACAUGCAUUGUCUCAUUUGAUCCUCAUAAAAGUCAAGAGGCCUGAGAAGCACAUCCUGGGAAGGAAGAUGCGUUGCGGAUCCCUGUGCCGAUUCCUGUGGCUUUGGUCCUGUCUGUCCUAUAUUGAAGCCAUGCCCAUCCAAAAAGUUCAGGAUGACACCAAAAUCCUCAUCAGGACGAUUAUCACCAGGAUCAAUGAAAUUUCACAACCGCAGGGUGUCUGCUCCAGACCAAGGGUUGCUGGUCUAGACUUCAUUCCUGGGCUCCAGUUGGUCCGGACUCUGUCCGGGAUGAACCAGAUGUUGGCCAUCUACCAACAGAUCCUCACCAGUCUGCAUUCCAGAAAUGUGGUCCAAAUAGCUAAUGACCUGACGAACCUCCGGGACCUUCUCCACCUGCUGGCCUCCGCCAAGAGCUGCCCCUUGCCCCGGGCCAGGGGCCUGGAGAACAUCAAGAACCUGCGCGAUGUCCUAAAAGCCUCAGCGCACUCCACAGAGGUGGUGGCCCUGAGCAGGCUGCGGGCAGCCCUCCAGGGCAUGCUUCGACAGCUGGACCGCAACCCUGGGUGCUGAGGCCUCAAAGGGCUCUCUUCCCAAAGUCGAGGAGAGAGCCCUGGGCUUCUGGGUGUCUCCAGGAGAGAGCCCGUGUGGGUGUCCUUUAUCCGGACCCCGGUCCAUUUCUCUCUCACACCUCGGCACCACUCUUCCAAAGGCAUAAGCCGCCAAGGCACGAAACCAAAGAUAGAAUGCAUGAUUCCAUACUCACCGGGAAGGGGGACCCACCCGGCAAACAGUGAACUGGAUCUGGGGUUCUCACAAGAGUCUUCCUUCCUGUGCCACCUCCCCCCUCACUGCAUGCUUCAGCGUGACCUGGGGUGAUUGCAGGAGGCACCCACCGAGCCUUUGGACCAUCAAGCAAGGUUCUGUUUGAGAAUUCUGGGAGCACCGUGAGGGCUACAUCCACACAUAGCUGCAACCUCCAAGCAACACGUUAUUUAUUACGCCUUUUAUUCUGGAUGGACUGGAAGGAAAACGUCAGCUUUUCCAGGCUCUUUGGGGCUGACCAGAGCCAGGGAUGCUGGUUCCAAUCCCUUCGAUGGGCCUGGCUGAGGCAAACCCAUUUCUAGUGACUUGAGGGCUCUCUAGUUAGUUCUUUGGUAACUGGCUUUGUUUCUACUGUGACAGAUGUGAAAUUACAGUGUUUGCAACGGCACUGCCCUGAGCGGAUCUCCAAGGACCAGGUUAUUUCAAAAAGAAUUAAUAAAUUUUGUCAUCUGUGAUGUGUGGAUGUGUGCACCUAGAGGUGGGGAAUGUGUUAGGGGCAAGGGGAAGGAUCCAGAAUGUGUUUUCGGAAUCACAUUUGUGCAAUGAGCUCUUCGGAUGGGGGAGGGGGGUCAUUUUCUCAUCUCUGCAACCACUUAGUGUGGUUUUCAUGGAAAGAUGACCCCUUCGGGGGGUUGUGGGGGGCUUUGCCAGCCACCCAUGGAGGGAGUGGCACUGAAGACUGUUUAUUGGGGCAGUUGUGAGCCCUGGCCUUCUCCAGUUGCUGGAGAGAGGUCUUUCUUUUUUUUUUUAAGAGUUUAUUUAUUUAUUCAUGAGAGACAGAGAGAGAGAGAGAGAGAAGCAGAGGGAGAAGCAGGCUCCCAAGGAGCAGGGAGCCCGAUGCGGGACUUGAUCCCAGGACCCUGGGAUCAUGACCUGAGCCGAAGGCAGACGCUCAACCAUCUGAGCCACCCAGGCGCCCUGGAGAGAGGUCUUUCUUAUCAGGGAGUGAGGAUCCCUCUCUGGCGACAGCGAUCCCCAGAGCAGGGGUCCUUGGUAUGGACCUUGGAAUGGUCUAGGGAUGAUCCCACACUGGAUUUAUAAGCAGUAGCCCUACUUGAGAUGUGCCUGCCAAAUUGUGAUUCUCAUCUGACUGGCUCAGCCAAAACAAGACCAUGUUUCCCACUCAUUUGGGGUGGAUUUUUAUUCCAGUGGGAAGGUCUGUGGGCUUUAGUGGAUGGAUGGUCCCAAGACCUGGGCCAGCACUGCUGAGGUCUCCAGGAGUGCCUUUCCCACUAGAGGUCAUAUUUGAGGGGAUGAACAAGGAGGCUUGGCUUUUCCACCGUCCUCCCGCUGUGGUGAGGCCGUCACACUCUAGGUGGUGGAUCUGUCCAAGGAAAUGUGAAUCAAAGCUGUCAACUUUGAGACUGAGCACCUAAUUUGUGCUCAGCCCUGAUUGGUGCUAUGGGCUAGAGAAGCUCACCAAGUACACGUUAAAAUCCAGUCUAACCCUCAGGGACCUUGCAUUGUAGAUGGUAAAAACUGCACACACCAGCAUGCAAAGUCUGGCCUUUCACCAUGGCAACGGAGCAGCCGAACCAGCAACCUCCUCAGCAGGCGGGAAAUGCUGAGCUGAGGCUGGCGGUCUCGGGGGCCCACAGGCUAACCCUGCUUGCACUUGGUAGCAUUUUUGCUUUGCAGGCACGGCAGCAUUUAUUACCGUGUAGCCACAUCCCUUUGAACAGUGUAGCUGCCAAUUUAAAAAUAAGAACAUGACCUAAGACCAUAACAGCAGACAGGUCGCAGGGCCAAGACUAGAUUCAGGCAGUGUCCCUGGAGCCAGGUAAUGCUCCCCGGAGGCACCAAUAGUGUCGGGCAGGGGAGACCAGGAAGGCUUGCUGAGAGAGAGGAGUUGGAAGUGAUUUUGCAGGAGGCGAGGGGUGUGAAUUGUCUGGAGGGAGGAGGCUGUUUGGUUGGUGCUAAGACACCGGGGUGAAGGUAUGUGCAGCCAGUUACAAAGAAAGGCAGACAAAGGAAGGACGGGAGGGAAAGGGACAUGUUGAAGAGGCCUUCAGUGGCAAAGAAGUUUGAUAUCGAAAGGGUUAAGAAUCGAAAGUUCUAGAACAGAGAGAUUCAUGAGAUGGGCAGAGUCAGACCCGUUCUGGAGAAUAGGACCUAGGCAAUCAUUACCACCCAAUCAGGCUGGGAUCUCUUAAGGCUUUCACUCACCAAAACCUGGCACCACAGCUCAUUCUCAGAGUGUGAAAGUUCUAAAAUGUAAAUGAUUGUCUUUUUUUUUGUUGUUAAAAAAAAUCCAAAUAAAUUAACUUUGCCCCUUGGU